AUGAAAUCAUUAAAAUAUGAAAUUGUACUUCAUGUAUGGCUUUGUUGUUUUGGGUUGAAUUUUGUGAUGGAUUGGGAUAGAAGUGAUUUUGCGUUCCUCUUUUUCUUAGAAAGAUCAAUCUUUUCACGAGAAAUAACAGGACUUACCCGCUGUAGCCUGCUGAGGAUUUUCUAUUUAGAAGUUACUUUGUUUUCUAUUACUAUUCUGUUGAGAUUUCUAUUUCGUAAGUCAUAA